GGUGUAAUGUCUUUGCUGAGACCUCUUUUGCUGGAUGUCGUCCCAACUAUUCAACAGACUGCUGCUUUGGCUCUUGGGAGACUUGCCAAUUAUAACGAUGACCUGGCAGAGGCCGUCGUGAAGGGAGACAUUCUUCCACAGCUUGUGUGUUCAUUGUCUGAGCAGAAUCGUUUCUACAAGAAAGCAGCUGCAUUUGUGCUAAGAGCAGUUGGUAAACAUUCUCCACAGCUAGCUCAGGCAAUAGUUCAGUGUGGAGCACUGGAAAUGCUUGUGAUUUGCUUGGAAGAUUUUGACCCUGGAGUCAAAGAAGCUGCAUCUUGGGCACUUGGGUAUAUUGCCCGACACAAUUCAGAACUGUCACAAGCUGUGGUGGAUGCAGGAGCUGUUCCUCUUUUAGUGCUCUGUAUCCAGGAGCCAGAAAUUGCUUUGAAAAGGAUUGCUGCUUCAACUCUCAGUGAUAUUUCAAAGCAUUCUCCAGAGUUAGCACAGACAGUAGUGGAUGCAGGAGCUAUCGCUCACUUAGCUCAGAUGAUCCUGAACCCUGAUGCUAAACUGAAGCGUCAGGUGCUGUCAGCUCUAAGUCAAAUAGCAAAGCAUUCAGUGGAUCUUGCAGAGUUGGUGGUUGAAGCAGAAAUUUUCCCAGUUGUGCUCACAUGCCUGAAGGACUCAGAUGAAUACAUCAAGAAAAAUGGUGCAACUUUAAUUAGAGAGAUAGCAAAGCAUACGCCUGAGCUUUCACAGCUUAUAGUAAAUGCAGGUGGAGUUGCUGCUGUGAUUGAUUGUAUUGGCAGCUGCAGAGGGACUGUCAGACUGCCUGGCAUCAUGAUGCUUGGUUACGUAGCAGCUCAUUCGGAGAACCUGUCAAUGGCAGUGAUUGUCUCCAAGGGAAUACCACCACUGUGUGCCUGCUUGAUAGAAGAACAUGAAGAUCAUAUUAAGGCAGCAGCUGCUUGGGCCUUGGGACAGGUUGGAAGACAUACUCCUGAGCAUGCACGUGCUGUUGCAGUAGCGAACGUGCUACCCACACUGCUUGCUAUGUAUAUGGACACACGCAGUUCAGAAGAUCUUCAAAUGAAAACUAAAAAAGCCUUAAAGAACAUCCUUCAGAAAUGCACGUAUCUUCCAGCACUUGAACCAUUGCUGCAUGAUGCCCCUCCCAAUAUUAUGAAACAUAUUGUUGGGCAGUUUAGUAAGGUGUUACCACAUGACAGUAAAGCACGUCGUCUCUUUGUAACAACUGGUGGACUUAAAAAGGUUCAAGAAAUAAAAGCAGAACCUGGGUCACUUCUUCAGGAAUAUAUCAACACUAUUAACAAUUGCUAUCCAGAGGAAAUAGUAAGGUAUUAUUCCCCUGGAUAUUCUGAGAUACUUCUGGAAAGGGUGGAAAAUUACCAUCCAGUUUUAUAAACUUCAAUUUUUUUAUUAGAGCUGUAUUUCACAUUUAUGCCUUUAUGACUGUAAUACAAAUACAGCUGUUGAAACUCUUGUUUGAUUCUGAAAUCUCCUUCUACUGUUUGAACUACUGAAAGAGCUCAGCAAUUCCAGCGAGCUAUAUUUUGCUCUUUAUAAACUUGUUUGUUGCUAAGUUUUAGUUCCUUUUUGUUUUUCUCUAACAUUACUACCAGAUAUUGCAGCGUAUAUGAAUGGAAUUUCAUGCAGGGGUGAUGAUUUAUCACAGCAGCUUUUUUAGAAUGUCAUUUCCUUUUCCUUCCACAAGAAAGGUUUGUUAUUAUCUCAUUCAAAUUUUAGCCUUCUCAAUACUGUAGCCAUUUUCCCCUUUUGCCUUGCAUAUUGUUUAGAGCUUCCCAAGCUUGAUGAGGGGGAAAAAGCUGGCCCCUGCGCUUUUUCUAAUUAUGGAAUCCAUUCUGCACUGAGAUGUCUCUUACUGCUACCUUUCAGAAAGUAAAGCGAUGUGAUUUUGCAUCUCUGAACAUAUUAGUAGCUGCUAAAUAAAGACAUAAUCAGACCUGAUGAUGAUAAAAGGGCUGAAUUCUGCAUGAUGUGAUAGUGUGGUGGUCCUGGCAUGGUAGAUAAUACAUCUUCUGCGAAAGUCCUCCUAAUUAAGGCAGGAUUCACUGUGGAGGGAAGAAGCAAUACGCUGUUUGGUGUAUGCAUCGUUGUUCCUCUUGGAAAGGACAGAGUGAACUUAGAACUUCCACGGGCACAAAGGGAAGGACCCUGGGAGGUUUGGCUCCAUUUGGGUCAGCAGCAAAUCUGUGCGGCUCAGAAGAGAGGAGAAUUGCUUGGCUGCGGGAACACUGUUAGCAAAGUUCUGAGCACAUUCAGAGGAAACCUGAGGAUACUUGAGUCCCACUGAUUUGAGUGAUGGGAUUAAGGCUGCUCAGUGCUUAUUCUUCAAGAGCUGAAAUUGCUGCAGAAUUGAGUUGAAACACAUUUGGAACUUAGUCUUGAAGUUGCAGAUCACAUCAACAUGGAGGUUAUUGGAGGUAUGAGCUCUUGCCUGUAACAUCCUGGAAAUAUUUUUGCCUUCUUAUGUAGAGUGGAAAGACUUUUACAUUCUGCUUACUCCUCUGGUGUACUGUAGCAGCAGGGAGCAGCAUACAACCUUUCAGUAUUCCCUAAUAUGUAACUGCCAUUUACCAUUUUUUGUUCUUCUAACCAUUUUUCUUUUCCUCAUAUGCAGCAGUUUUCUGUGGUUUGUUCCUCCCCCCCGCCCCAGGAGUAAUAAACAGUGUUUCUGGAAUGGGAUGUUGAAAUACUGGCAGGCACAAGGAAAGACAAUAUUUGAAAACCCCCGCAGGAGAGAAACUUGUCUACUUUCUUAAACAUACUAACUGAAUGAGUUUAUAAAACAGGGAUAGUCUCUUCUAUUACUUGUAAAACAGGAGCAAAGACUUAUUGCAGUUGGAAAUGAUUUAGAGUGGCUUUUCUCUGCCAGAUUCCAAAUGACUAUUUUCUUUUAUUCUUGUCAGCAUAUUUUUCAGCAGUUCACAAAAACAUUGAUGGGCUAUCUUGUGUUAAGGUUUAAUUCUACAGAGGGCUGUGCUCCCGCUGUGAGGUACUUGGUGCUCCCAGACUCUGCUCUUCAGGAGGAGCAGGGGAUGCACAGUACCUUGCUGUAUGGAGCCUAACUGAGACGGAAACUGUUGGUGUCACGAAUGCUGGUAUAGAAACCACACCAGCUGGGUUCUUUCCUUAACCCACAUCAGAGUGAAAAGUCUUGGCACUGACUAGCUUCUACCAAAUGCCUUUUUGUUUUUGGUGUUUAUAUUCUGAUAUUAUUAAUGCUAGGACACUAGCGGAAAAACAUUAGGUCUAUUAAAAAGAUUGUUGUAAUACUCAGUAAUUUUCUCACAUGCAUUAUGGAUAUUUAAAAAUCAAAUCUUGUGCAAUCUCUAAAAGAAAAUGUAAUGGAAGGGCUUCCAAGCAGUGUUGAAGGAUCUGAAGCCUUUAUUUUCCCUAACGGAACAGAAAUGGUGCAGAGGGCUGAAUGCAGUUGUAGUGCAGAUGGGAGGCAGGGUAGGCAUGGAGCCGCGUACCCAUAGCUGCAUCAUGUGCUUGGGAGCACACCCACACCACACAAUGCUAAUGUAUAUGUUUUGUGUGGAGAGAGCAAAGAGGCUUCAGUCCCCUGACAAAUGUGCUCCUGCUGUGUCACACUGUGCUACACUGUAAGGAUUCCACAGGGUUAAAUUUCAAUGCCUAAACAAUUUGUUCACAGUCUUUUCACAGUCUUUUUCUGAUUCCUGACAAAGGAAAUGAUUGCACAAGGCAAACCUUCAAAGCGAUCUGAUUGUGCAGAGCACAAUCUAAAUCAGACCUAGCAUAAAUACAUCUUUACAUCAGCUAGGCAGUUCUGUCCUAGGCCAGUGGCUGUUUGGCCUCUUGUCACAGGACUCUCCUGGAUGAUGCCAUAUCCCAGUAGGCUAUGGCAGUGCAAGGUCCCCUCCCACAUACUUUGAGACCCCCUCAGCGUUCCUUUGCUGGCAGGCUGCUUCCCUGCAUUGUACGUACACCUUGUGGCUGGAGGCUUCCCUGGAGGUACGCGUCUGCACAAGACAGAUCUAGCCCUUUACAGCAGAAUUAUCACUAAUUUGUAUUUUAGGCUUACAUUACGAGGGCAAGAGUUGCUUUUUUCCUGUAGUGUUUCACAAGCUCUGAUGUACAGCGUUUCUAUUCCAUCCUCUAAUUUGGCUUAAGUUGUCAUCUAAAACUAUAUUAAUGUUUGUAAUUGCUUCUCUGGCAGGCUUCAAGUGUGUAUCAUUUGUCUCAAUUUCAUAGAAUAAAACGUAGAUUUGCAUUUUAA